UUUUCCUUUUUUUUUUUCUUCUUCUUUUGUGGUUCAUCUUUUUCACCUCUCCUUCUCUUUCCUCACAAUGAAACAUCAUCGUAUUUUGUUUGCUUGUGUACUUCCUUUUCUUUUACCUACCACCAUUUUUGCAGAAAAAACGUCUCAAGAACAUCUUACUGAAGGCAAUGCUUAUCUAAAAAGUGGCAAAUUGCAUGAUGCAGUGAUCAGUUACGAUGCUGCUAUAUCUCAAGAUCCUGACAGUUACAUGUCAUACUAUCGACGUGCUACAGUAUAUUUAUCUUUGGGUCGAAAUCAAGCGGCUGUAGACGAUUUCACUAAAAUCCUUACAUUGAAACCUGAUUUUGACAGAGCUUUAUAUCAACGUGCUCGUAUAUAUGCUCAAGAUGGUGAAUUUGACUUGGCAAAGAAGGAUUUAGAAAAUUACAUGAAACAUCAUGCUGAUGACGGUGCUGCUUUAGACACAUUGAAAGCUAUCAAUCAAGCAGAACAGAAUAUGGAAAAAGCACAAUCCGCCCUUGAUAGCCAGUCUUACGAACAAUGUAUUGAACACAUCACCGAAGCUAUCCGAACUGCACCAAAUAUGGGUCGUUUACGCCGGGUUAGUGCCAAGUGCCACUAUGGAAAACAUGAUAUUGAAGCUGCUGCAGGAGAUCUUGCUCGUGCAGCACAUAUCACACCAUCGGAUCCUGCACUUCUGAUAGAACUUGCCAACAUCAACUUUUAUUUACUUAACGAACCUGAAGGUGCAUUGGCAAAUCUAAAACAAUGUUUACACUAUGAUCCUGAACAAAAGCAAUGCAAAACCGUUUUCCGGCAACUCAAAAAACUUAACAAAACAAUCAAAUCAAUUCAAGAUAAUAUGGAAAAGAAAAAGUACUCGACAGCAAGCAACCAGUUAAUCGGUACAGCAUCAAGGCAAGGUAUAAUGAAUGAAGUCAAAGAUCAUGUCAAGCAAAUGGAAACCCAAUAUCUAUCUUCCUUAUCAACGGAAGUAGAUAACAACAUACCUCAACGUCUUUUACUACAGUGUUAUGAAACAGCAUGUCGGCUUCAAAAGUUACUGAACAAAGAAGAUACCAAGAUCAUCGAUUGGUGUACUAAAACUCUAUCUUUACAAGAUGAUCAUGUCGAUGCUCUUAUGUAUCGUGGUGAAGUUUACUUGAAUCAACAUGAGUAUGAAAAAGCUAUGCAAGAUUUACAAAAAGCAAAUGACGUCGCUCAAGGUCAAAAUCAUCAAGUUCGACAGUUAUUACAAAAGGCACAACAAUUAUUACGACAAAGCAAACGAAAGGAUUAUUACAAGAUUUUAGGUGUUCCUCGUGAUGCUGAUACUCGACAAAUCAAAAAGGCUUAUAGACAAUUGGCUUAUGAAAAUCAUCCUGAUCGUGCUGAACCAGAGAAAAAACAAGAAGCAGAAAGACAAAUGGCAGAAAUCAACGCUGCCUAUGAAGUCCUUAGCAAUGAUGAAAUGCGACAACAAUUUGAUAAUGGGUUUGAUCCAUUUGAUCCUGAACAACAAAAUGGUGGUGGUGGUGGUGGAUUCCAUCCUCAUGGUGGUAAUCCAUUUGCUCAUUUCCAAGGUUUUCCAUUUGGUGGGGGAUUUCCUGGUGGUGCUGGUGAUGGCAGCUUUGAAUUCAAAAUGCACUUUUAGUUAGUUCCGCCUACAAUACCUUCCAUCCUCCCAUCAUAUAUCUGUGACUUUUUUUAAUUGGUUUAUACACAUUUUAGUACCUUAUAUCUUAUGAAAUAAAACAUCACUGAUACAAAUUGUA